CGAAAAGGCGGGAAGGGGGGCGAUGUUGAGUAGAUGCACAGCUUGGGAUGGGAUUGUCGAGGCCCAGGCUAUGCUCGUGACCGAAGCUCCAAUUGUGCCCGCAUGGCGGCCGGACUGGGUAAUGGACUUACUGGUAUACGCCGUGUACCAAGUACAAAUGGGUGCAGUCGUUUGGGUGCCCGUGCAUACGGCGCAUAUGUUAAUAGGUAGCAAAUCGUCCCGAGCUCAAGGAUUGCGCCAAUUCGGUGCCACUCGUGGAAUCGAGAAGGGUGUCCCGAUGGCAGGAGAGCACCCGCCCGGAGCUACGCGGGGUGUGUGUUGAUGAUAAACGGAUUGAGCUAAAGUGCGGGGAAAGGGGCCUGCUCGGAGGAUCUUCGCCUCAUUCUCAGGGUUUCCCCGCAGUUGCCUGUGGGAGGCGUCGCAAUGCAGGCAGGGUAGCAAGAGGACGCAUAAGCUCGACUGAAACGAAGCCCAGAGAGGCCCGACGGGCUGGAAGGAAAAGAGACGGUAUCGCUCAGAAGCAUUGUGGCUCCAGUCCGCCUCAUCGCCGGAAGCCGAGCAGAAAGGUGGAGUAGGUUCUGGUGCGGGUACCAGAACCAUGCGGCCCGUCCUGCCGCGCCUUCUUCAUAUGUGCUUCGCCGAAACUCGGAGGACGAACGGACAGAAGACACAUACAUACGACAGCCACUAAUGCUGCACGCUGUGCUACUUUGCUUUUACUAUGAUCAGCGUGUACCUAGCGUGUACCCACGACGCGUCAUCGUGCCCCCGCUGCACAUUGUACUAGUACAGUGGACAGGGGCAAGUUUCUCAGCGAAGUUCAGC